UGCAAGUAGAAGGUAGAUGGUGGUAAGGUUAUAAAGUGUAAAAUUGUCGUGUGUGGUCGCGUGUGUAUGUUAAUAACGUUGUUUGUCGUCAUAUAUACAUUGACAUUAUUUAAUGGGCAUUGUGCAGAAUAUCCAUGCCAAUGUAAUGUAUAUAUUUUGUGUCCACUGAGCAUGUCGUAAGACGUCUCUUCGUCGUGUUGAGGUUAAAUUAACCGUAGGAAGUAAAAUAAAACAUGUAUAGAAAUUAUAUCUUGCAUUCAGUAAUGCAUUACUUUAAAAGUGCAAGAGCGUUACAGUGGCAUGCAGUCUGCCCAUUCACAGUAAAUUCAAGAAGCGUGAUUAUUAAACCAUGGAAAUAUUCUGUAUGGACUCCCGGUAGGUUAAUCCAUCUACAUAAGCGCCUGAAUGCCGAAAAAACGUUAGUGACAAAAGACUUUUUUGAUAACAUUCAAGACAAGAGAAAGGAAACAUUUUUGGAUAUGAUACAUAUAUUUGAAUCGAGAGACGUUCAUAGGCGCGGGCACGUUGAAUUUAUUUAUGCAGCCUUACGUCACAUGGAAGAAUUUGGAGUUAAUAAAGACUUAGAAGUGUACAAGUCUUUAAUCAAUAUUUUACCAAAGGGUAAAUAUAUACCAACCAACAUCUUUCAAGCAGAAUUUCAGCAUUAUCCCAAACAACAACAGUGCAUCAUUGACGUGCUAGAGAAAAUGGAAGACAAUGGUGUGAUGCCUGAUAUAGAAAUGGAACAUCUCCUUAUCAACAUCUUUGGAAGACGAGGCCAUCCAGUGCGCAAAUACUGGCGUAUGAUGUAUUGGAUGCCGAAGUUCAAGAACAUUUCACCAUGGGUGCUGCCCAAUCCAGUCCCCAACUGUAGUUUAGAACUUGCAAAGCUGGCAUUAGAACGCAUGAGUAGUAUAGACCUACAGUCCAGGGUGUCCUUAUAUGAGGCGUGUGAUGUGAAGGACUCGAUAGACAAAACAUGGAUAGUGAGUGCACAGUCUCCUGUGCAGAAGGAACUCCUGGAUGCACAUCCACGUGAUGUUUCAAUAUUUGUGGAGGGAGCCUUUGGAAUAUGGCUGCGUAAUGCUUCAGUAAGCUACUUUAUACUGCGUGCAGAUCCAAGACCUAAGCCAAAACUACCUCCACAAGACAUUGACGAUGUUGGUAACUUGAGGAUCCUGUUUUUUGAGUACCCCACUGAAAAUCGAGCUGUGGUUAGGCGGCCAUCAGUUCACGAACAAGAAGAUGGAACUAUUUUUGCCAUGUGUGCGACAGGUACUUCAAGCAGAGAUUCUCUUUUGUCAUGGAUCCGUAGCUUGGAAAAAGAUGGUAAUCCUGCUUUAGCCGAGGUUCCAGUGCUUUUCAUGUCAAAGUCACCACUUGGAGAAGUGGUACCAGUGAGUGAGUGCGAUAACGCGGGAAAGACAGAGGAUAGGAAUAUUGAAUCAGGGACCGAGAAUAGAGACAGUACAUAAUACUGUGCCUGAAGUAGGGAAUAUUGUUGUUAUAUUUAUGUUUUCGAUUGUUCAUAACAAAUAUUUUGCACAAAUUUUCUAGUGAUUUAUUACAUGAUUCUUGACACUGAUACAUAUCAAAUUGUGGUUGAUUGGUUCCUAGUUCCUCCAGGUGUCAUCUUUCUCAAACUCAACAUACAUACAUACAGGAUGACUCAUUUGGAAGAGGUCCCAAAUUAAUCAUUAUAAAUCACUGUGCAUGAUGCAACACUAGCCCAGUGCCUGGCAGCCUGAUUGGUUUGUGCCAGUUCUGCAAUUGCUGAAAUUCCUCCAGCCAUGCUCGAUGCAACAUUCAUGAACAUGGUGCAUCAUAUCAGCCAGUGUUUCCAGGGGGAUGGGAACGUCUUUCACACACUUCUCUCCAGAUCUACUGAGGUAUGUACUCACCAGGUUUCAUGUUUGUAGGUUAUUGUGUUUAUGAUUAUCCAUUUGAAGAACUCCCUCAGUGAAUCACCCUGUAUAAGCCUGAGGCUUGAUAUUCUCUAGUUAUGUAUGUUAAUGGUCAAAAUUGGUAGCAGUUACAAAUAGGAGCAGAAUAUGGCAGCAGUAAAUUUCAGAGGAAGGUAUGCUUCUGCCCAAAACUCCAUAUGGUGAAAAUUAAAGGACUCAAGUUUCUAGAUCCUGUUGUACAACAGCUUCAUACAUAGGUUCUGUUAAGCAAUUGGAAUGGAUCUUGCUGAAACCUUAGAAUCUGUUUAAUUCACAUCAUUCAGUGUUUAAUUAGAGUUUAUACACAUCCUGUAUAAAAAUACGUAUCUAUUUAUA